GGCCGCUGCUGCCGAGCGGCGGGCCGCUGCGGGCGCGGGGCUGGGGUUGGUUGCGCCGCCGCCGUGCGCCCUCCCUCCCUCCCUCCCGUCUCCUUCCCUCCCACCAAGCCCGCCGCGCGCGCAGGAGCAGCGGCUGUGACAGCGCCGCCGUGCAGCGCCGGCGCCCCCGCAGCUUCCUCCCGUUCUCGGGGCGCCGGCGGCCGAGCCCCCCCCCCCCCCCUCGGCUCCGUACCUGGCGGCUUUGGCCGAGACCACCCCCCCCCCCCCGCGCCCGUCCCCUCCUUGCCGACGGGCAGGAAGCGCCGUUCCCCGGCGGCGGGGCGCGCUGUCAGCGGGCGGGCGGGCGGCCCCGCGGAGCUCCUCGGCGGUACAUGGAUUACCUGGCAUAGAUGAGCCAAGUUCAACCUUCAGAAGAAAAAAACAUCUUCACUCACUUAAAGAAAUUCAUAGUCCAUCCUCAGCAUCUCUGGGUGACUGCAGAAGACAUAGAAUUGUGGCAUCACAGCAGAUUGGAAGUUGAGCCAGUUGAGGACUAUGUCUGAAUGUAUCCAGCUCUCAUUUGCUGUUUGUAGAAUUGGCAUUUACACGUGUUUUAGGGCACUUUGCUGCAAAGGACCACCACCACCACGACCUGAAUAUGAUUUGGUUUGCAUAGGCCUCACUGGUUCCGGCAAAACAAGUCUUCUGUCACAGCUUUGCAGUGAAAGCCCGGAGAAUAUAGUGUCUACCACAGGUUUUAGCAUAAAAGCAGUGCCAUUCCAGAAUGCCAUCUUGAAUGUAAAAGAACUUGGAGGUGCUGACAAUAUCAGGAAAUACUGGAGUCGUUACUACCAAGGAUCCCAAGGGGUAAUAUUUGUAUUAGACAGUGCCUCCUCUGAAGACGAUCUAGAAACUGCUAGAAACGAACUACAUUCAGCUCUCCAGCACCCACAGUUAUGUACUUUGCCAUUUUUAAUACUGGCCAAUCAUCAAGACAAACCUGCAGCUCGCUCAGUACAAGAGAUCAAAAAAUACUUUGAACUUGAGCCACUUGCACGUGGAAAGCGCUGGAUUCUUAAACCCUGCUCCUUGGAUGAUAUGGAGGCAGUAAAAGACAGCUUCUCCCUUCUAAUAAACUUGUUGGAGGAGAGAGACUUCGAACCUUCAAGAAUGUGAAAAACAAGAGGGAAGAGUGGUUCUCCAGGCAUCACUGUACCUGUUCAUUCUGCUCACAGAUUACUUACAGUGUGGUAUCAAGACUGUGCUGUGAUGUUCAUGCCUAGUGCAGAAUGUCUUUUUCUUAAAAUAAAUAUUCUGUGAAUCAGGUACAUGACUAUUUCCAGUAAAGUCGUCUACACUACUGAAAUAGGGAGUUCCUCUUUGUUUACCACUAGUUCUGCACAACACUGCAUGUUGCUUUCUUGCCAUCAUCCUUGAUAGAAAAUUCUGCACGCACAAGAAUAAUAUAGUCUGUAAAGGUGGCAUUCUACUUGCUACCUUGUUUUUUUAAGAAUGACUCAUGUCUUAAGGAUUUGUGAGACUAAUCUGUGUUAGCUUGUUUACUGACCCCACAGUCUGGAAAGCACAGCCACUGAGAACCUUAACAUUACUGAUACCUUGAAGAUCAAGUUGUUUUAUGUCAGUGCAAACGUUAGUCUAAAAUGAAAACACAGUGGAUGUAUUAGAUGAUUCCUCUCCUUAAGCCACUGCAUAACCUUGUCAAAGGCAGAACCAUUAUUUUGCUGGAAGUUCCCUUAAAGGGAAAUUUGCACACAGAUGUGUGCGGGUAACAGUAUUGCUGAAGAAUAGGUGACAUAAAAAGGUAGUUAGAAGAAACAAUGUUUUUAGAAAAUAUACAGAAGCUGGAUAAAAUAGUAGUUCUCACUUAAAAUAAUUUUUUUUAUCAGAGAAGCAAAGCAAAUGUCUGUUAAUUCAGCUGUGGAGGCUUUAUUACUUGUUAUAAGUGUGACUGAUUUUAAGUAAGGAUUGCCUUCUUUAUCACUCAUUGUACGCUACUGUUACUCUAACAGUGCCAAGGCAUCCAUACCAUAAUGAAGGGCCUUCGAGUGUUUGUAUCAUAAACUUCUCCUUUCAAGGGAUUAUAACUUGUUCCUUCGAACUUCCUCUGGGCUACAUGUUACCUAGAAGACAAAAAAGUAUUCAUUGGAAACAGCAUUUGUAAUACUUUUGGAAAAAUCCCAUUUAGUUCCAGUAACACAGUACACACUUCCUCUUUCCAAAUUUUCCCCAGCAUAGAUUUUCAGUUUUUUUAGUGACUUUUGUUGACUUUUAAAACCUAAUUGACUGAUUUUAUUCUUUAAAGAAAUAUGCUAGGUCACUGGUUCACCAUGAAGUCAAUCACAACAGGGUAUGUGCAGAUUGGUCACCAGACUGGUGCACACCUUGAAUGUUGUGCCUUGCGCAUGAGUGUCCGUGUACACAAACUGUAGUUAUGUAUGAGUGGUUCCUCAUGGAUCCUGCUUAUGUUUUGAAACUUGUAACUCCUGUUGCAGGGCUUUAGGCAACAUAUCUUUCCACUCCGAGCAUUUAUUUUUUAAGUUUAAAGUUUAUUGUAGUUUCUUAUUAGUUUAUUUGAAAAAAAGAACAUAGUAAGCAUCAGCCUUUAAAGGCUUAUAAAAGCCAUUUCUCUAUUUCUUGCAGUUAUGCUCCUUGUUAAACAAAAUAUUUUUAUAGGUUUUUGGUUACUUUUCCAUAUCCAUGGAUUUCUUGUAUUGCUCCCUCAGAACUAUUUCUGCCCAUAUGCAUGGCCUGAUGGUUACUAUUUUAACUCAGUUCCUACUAUCAGAACAAAGCUGGAAAACCUGUUAAGCUUUGUGACAGAAUAGACAGAAAGCUUUGCUCAUAAGCAUGAAGGGAAUCUCUUCUUGCUUCAUUUUAUUUCUGUUUCCUGCAAGGCCAAUCACCCCGUUGCUCCUACUCUUGGAAAUAUCAAAAAACUGGAAUUACUCAUUUUAAAGCACACAGACAAGUUCUAUGAUAGUUUAAGCCUCUUUGCUUGUAGAAGCAACUCGGUUGCUUAUCAGUUUCUCUCCUGUGGGUUAAGGAGACUGCUUUACCUGAAUUUGCAGAGGAAAUGGAUCUGAUGUGCAGCUCCACUCUCUCUUUUAGCAAAUGUAAGUUUAGAGAUUACAGAGUCCCAAGAUUUUCUUCCCUGAUUAGGCAAAAUGACAAGUAGAAAAUGAUGGGGAGGAGAAAGAGACUUGUCUCCCAGAGAAGGAAGGCAGUUUGACAAAAAGGAAGGCAAAGAGAUGGAUUCAGAGCUUUUACUGCUUUGUCAUGGAGCAUUAGUUAGGAGACAAAAAAUUAAUUCUUCUCAAUUUUUUUCUCCUUCCUUCCCAUUUUGAAACUAUGGACCAGAAGUACAAAAAAUUGAAAGAAUCCCAACUGUAUCACAGUUUUGGAACUACACUUAUUUGUAUUAUUAAUGUUUCUGGUCCGGUGAUUUUGAGCAACAUGAACUAGUGGUAGAUGUCCCUGUUGAUUGCAGGGGAGUUGGACUAGAUGACCUUCAGGGGUUCCUUCCAACUCAAAUGAUUUUAUGACUCUAGGAUUCUAUGACUUCAUAGUUCCUGAGUUUUAUAUUUUAGUCAUGAUUUCCCAACUAUGCACUGUUGGAAGGUGCUACAUGACUAACAUCCAAAAGGCCCAACAAGUCAAUGAGAAUACAGCUUUGGCACGUGCCAGUGUGCAGCUAGACUGGACCUUUUGAAGGUAAAUGCUUUUUCUUUAUGGGGAUACCAACUGCACAGUAGCAGUGAUUUAUUUUUCAAAAUAACUUUAAAUAUGCUUUUUCUUACUAAUACAGUGAUCAUUCCUCACCGCAGGUUGAAAUAAUACCUCAUAAAUGCUUAAGGCUAAGACCAACGCUUAACUUUACUUUGAAUGUAGUUCUGUGGCUUUGUGUUGUGAAUGGACUUAAUAGAUAUGUACCCUUUUACUGUCUGUGAACACCUUCAACUUUUUAUGGAAGUAUUAAAAAUGCUUAUAGCAGUUCACAUCACACUUCGUUGUCUAAAGUGUUUUGAAUACUUUGGCUAUGGCAGAAUACGUGAGCACUGUGAGCACCAUGCAGAUUUUAUUUGGAUGACCAGUCUCAAUUGCAUUUUCUUGGUUUUGUUUGUGGUUUUCUUGUGUGUGUGUGUGUGUAUGUGUGUGUGUGUGGUUUUUUUUUGUUUGUUUGUUUUUUUUUUUUUUUUAAUCGUUUCACACACGCUCAUCAUUGAGAUGAAAUAAACUUGGGCACUCUACUUUCCAUGCAAGUUCAUUAAGGAGAGAACAUUGUCUUUUUAAAAAAGAUACUGUGCUUUAAUGUUCUUUAGACAUCUGUUAAAUUACUUUGUGUGUAUGUGUGAGUGUGUGUAUGUGUAUGUGCCCACUUCAGGCUUCUUCUCAGAGCUGUAGUUGUCUGCAGCGUCUCAGCCGUCAGAAUGAAAACAUUAUCAAUCAGUAUCCAACAACAGCUGGUUUUGACAAGCUUCUGUCUGCUGCUUAAUGCUUUACAACUUGUCAGUGCAACUUUUUUGUCUACUCACUCUGAGCUGAUAAUCUUACUGCUUCCAUGUUGUGUCCUGUACUUGUACUUCUAGCAUUUGUAUGGAAAAAAGUUAAAUCUUAGUGCAUUUUGAUAUUAUUUCUUGCUGUAUAAUGUUCCACGUGUAUCUUAGCUUGCCUCUUCAAAAUCCGCUAUACAAAAAUCUGUGAUGUAUUAUUUCAUUUAAUUUCUGGCAUUUCAUUAUAUUUAUAGAAGUUGCAGAUUUUUGUACCGUAUUAGUUAAUACAGUUGCCUUUUUGUAAUGGCAAUUAAUUUAUAUUACAAAAGUUUGUAUCUUUACUGUAGUUGAGAGUAUUAGUUAACUGCCAUAUUAUCUUGACUUUAUACUAAAAAUACAGUGUCGCUACGCAAAAGUUGACCCAUUUGGGUGGACAACUUCUAGACAUGAGGAACUUGUACUGUUUGUGAUUUAUACAUGAUUUCCACUAUCAAAAAGACAAAAAGAAAAUAAACACUGUGUAGAAUUGA